GACUCACUGGCUUGUCGAACACAAGCUGAAUACUAUAUACAAAUGAGAUAUUCUCUGUUUUGAGUCAAACGCCUAAUUUUACACAUCCACUAAUAACAAAUGAUAUCGAUUUGCUUCUGUUGCUAUGAGGUAAUUUAUUUCUUCAAUUGGGGUGUUGACACUUAUUAUUGGAGCUCUGUGUAAUUCUGAUCACAAAUAAAAUCAGAUAUACAUGUCAGACAAGGUCGCCGAGCAAUGAUGUUCACUUGCAUCACGGCAUUUAUUCAUCUUUGAGAGGUUAUAUAGAUGAUUCCCUCCCUUCAUUUCCAUGACUACACCAUUCUUUAUCCUUUCUACAUUUAACUACUACUGCCCCAUAUCUAUCGCAAAUAUAGAGCUCCCCUUCCAAGAGAAAUUUCAACAACAUGAGUGGCACAAUAGUAAAGCCAGAAGAGUUCCAUGAUGCCCUCAAACAAAAUGUCACCGAUGGCUGGGAUAUGAUGGUGGCUUAUGCUCAGAUUCCUCUCAAUCGGUCUCUUUCAAAGGCUUGGGACAGAAAGGCGGAGUUUACCAAGCUUACAUAUAGCUUUCAAGUUAUAUACGAUACUGUUGUGAUUGAUCAAAAUUUUGUCGUCGAUCUUGGAGCACCAUCAUUGCAGUUCGACACUACUUCUGACAUGGCCAUCGCCAUACUCACUAUGAUGAUAAACGGUACAGUCACCACAGACACGACUAUUUCUGGGGUAAAGACUCCAGGGACACCAAAAGCUAUUCCAAAGGAUGUUUAUCAACUGCAGGUCACCGUACCAAUUGUGGGAAUUACUGGUAACCAAGUUUGGGAUCAUGAUCAUGCCAUUAAGUUUGAAGGGAAGGGCGACGACCAACCCUGCCAUCUCAUUUUUCAUUUCCGGAAUGAUCGAUCCACAUGGGACAUACUUGGGCAUUGUUCAAGCGUUCUUAACGAUGACACUUUUGACAAGCAAAUGCAACAAUCCUUGAACAGCUUCAAAGACCAUUUCAAAAGCAAAGACAACACUCACUGGAUCGACUACAAGGUAGCAGAGGUGACCAAUAAGCAAUAUCCCACCGAUUCUGACAGCGGGGUACUUUGUCCCAAGUCCUUUACGAUGUCGUCCCAGGAAGGAUAUCUUCUGGUUUUUAUCACAACGACUGGAAAAGAUGGUACCCAGAAUCCUCGAUUCAAUACCAAAAGUAAAAAAACUAUUGCGCCAAUAAUAAACGACUAUGAAGCUAGUAUAGUCAUUCACCAUGACCUUUUCGUGGAUUAUGUAUGCGACCAGAUGAAAACAACAUUCAAGGGGCAAAAAAUAACGAUUGCGAAGGAGAGUACAUUGACCGGAGCUAAGUUAAGUAUGACCAUGGAUGAUACUGCCAGCUGGGAUCUUAGUAAGACUCCGGGUCAUUUAGAUUUCACGUGCAAGCCAAAAAUUGAAUACAAGAAUUUUGAUUUGACUCUUGAUCUCUUUGACAACAGCAAUUUUGAAACGAAGUUCACUUGGACAUGGGCACCCGAGCUUGAUAUUGAGUGGUAUGAAGUUGAGGACUCCCAGGGAAUAAAUACACAUCAAUGGGGAGUAGUCAAAACUACAAGCGAGCUUAGCACGGAUCCGGCAUCAUUCUUUACUAUCGACAAAGAGAAAUCCGAAUUACAAAUGGCAUGCAAGAUCAGUAGGUCCAAUGACAAACCCAAAAUGGACUACAAAGCCAAAAGUGUUGGAAAUAAGGAUGCAGAGUAUUACACAUGGAAAGGGUCAGACAGUAUCCCGAACGAGUUCGAUGAAGAUAAGGACGACGUUCAAUAUUUAGUCCCUAGCGACAUGGACUUUGUAUUUCAAGGUCUCAACUACUUUUCGGCUCAGAAUGUGUUUGUUCCAGGAGUUAAAUUCAUAGAGGCUAAAACUGAAAUGAUGCCUUAUGAUGUUGUACUGUUGGGUACUAUGCCUGAACAGCCAGACGAACCAACUGGAUAUCGCACAUUGCCUAGACGCAUGGUCAUGGAUGACUACGCAACGGACCCAAUACAGGAUUUCCUAGAGGAUAUCUAUAGUAAUGGAUAUUUUAUGGGAGACUUGAUUCAUCACAUUACUAACAGUGACCCAGAGGGAGUCUGUAAGGUAAUUCAAGACAGGGGGUUUGAAAAUCUUGAUCCCGUCGAAGUUCACCAAGCGCUUCAAAAGUUUUCGAUCCCUGGCCCUGAUUUUGAUGUGAGAUAUGCAGGAGGUAGCUAUCAAGUUCAGGAUACUACUAGCACUCCUGUGAAGGAAUUGUUUGUUCAUUCGCGUUAUCGCGAUAUACUGCGUGCGUAUUCAGACUACUUUAUGCCAUGGGUACGAGCACUAAUUUGCUAACGUUUUCGCAGUUGACGACCAAAUGGUACUAUCUCAACAAACACAAUCAGAUGGAUCAUUCACUUUUACCUCUCAUGACGGCCAGCGCUCAUUUCAGGUAUUGUUUAACGUUGAUGUUGAUUCGGACUCUCCAUGUGGUGGUGUAGGUUUCGAAGGCACCUCAUGGUCUACAGCAGAACCAGAACAGAAAACCAAAUUCAGUGGCCAGCGAGUAUUUCCGUGGAAAGAUUCACCUUCUCUUCGACAACCUAAAGCCGCACCCAUGGUUGAUUCAGCCACAGAUGCAGAAGCACUUCAGUAUCUCUCUGUAGCCAUGGAUUUAACCGCACCAGAUGAUGGAGCAUCGGUAGAUGGCAAAGAGCCGGUAGAAUUUGCAGAGCCUAUUACCAUUUUCUUUGGUGCAGUCAGCACUGCCCUUGCUGUCCUGAAUAUCCAAAAAUGGUUUAGGGAGAGUAAAGGGCAGUUUGUUGAUGCAUAUGCGAGAUGUCGAAAAAUUGUUCUGCGAAAAUCUGGCAACAGCAUGGGAUACGGUCUAAAGAUGCCCAGUGUUGAAGAGAUGCAGAAAUCUUUUACUAGCAAGUCGGAACCAAUUAUCAAUACACAGAUUAACGAGGGGGUUUUCGAGAAGGAAAAAAUCAUCGAGAAUUCUCAGUCGCAAAUUCUGGAAGAGAUGAAAAAGUCAAUCAGUGUUGAUUCAAAAUUCAAAAGCAAAAAGAAAUAUGGCACGGCGUUUCAGUUGGAUGAGCAAAUGGGAAUGGCGCUUGUUGAGCAGGUCGUAAAUGUUUAUGCUGACCAAGUCUUCCAAGGCGAUGAUUACGAGGAAUUUAUGGGCACAGUUGUAGAUCGACUUCUCACUGUGCACGACAAAGAUGCUGCGAUUCGAGACGGAAGGUUGAUUGCCCAACGAGUCAGCAAGCUGACAAAUGACAUCAAGAAUCUUCAAGCGGAGCAACUAAAUCUUCAACAAGAAUUGAGGAGUGAAAGGACAAAGGCUCAGGAGGAGCAUUGGAGUCAAGAGCAGAUUGAUAGGAUGGAGGCCGAUUUCGAUGUAAAGGUUCAGAAGAAUAUUGAGGAACAAACGAAAGUUGAUACGGAGCGAUUGGAAAAACAAGGGGAAGGGAAAGAGAGCGAUAAGAAGGUUAAAGAACUCUUAGAGGAGAUGGAUAAGAAAAUGAAAGAAAAGGAGAAGGCGGAGAAGAAAUUUUGGCAUGAUAAAUAGUCUUGGA